AUGCCACAAUCAUUUACGUCUAUUGCUAAAGUCGGAGAAUACAUUUUAAAGAGUCCAGCUCUAGCUAAGAUCUGUGUCCCAGUUGCUAAACAAUAUGUUAAUUUAGCAGGUUAUAGAAAAUUAGGACUUACAUACAACGAUUUAAUUGCUGAGGAGAACCCUGUAGUGCAGACUGCUUUAUCUAGACUGCCUGAAGAUGAAGCCUAUGCUAGAAACUAUAGAAUAAUCAGAGCACACCAAUCUGAAUUAACUCAUCAUCUAUUACCUAAGAAUGAAUGGGUUAAAGCUCAAGAUGAUGUUCCAUAUUUAUUACCAUACAUCUUAGAGGCAGAAGCUGAAGCAUUAGAGAAGGCUGAAUUGGAUAAUUUGGAAAUUAUCAAGAAAUAA